AUGGCAGCCUAUGGGGGUGCAAGUAGCAUGAUAAACAACUACAACGAUACGAGGGGGCCAAUAGAUCGUGAUGCUAGGCAAAUGGGAACGCGCUCACUCCCUGCCCGGCCAGGUUCGACUACCAUUCGACCGGGCGGGCGUUUUGCGCCGCCCAUCCAGAACCCUGAGGAGCCCGAACCUUGGGAUCAAAUAUCCGACGAGCAUCGCAGCGAAAUACAGGACUGUUUCCAUCUCUUCGAUAUGAACAAGGAUGAUCAGCUCGACUUUUCCGAAUUUCGCUAUGCGUUGCAGUCGCUGGGUCUCGGGCAGGUGUCGCGACCGGAGCUGAUCACCAGAUUCCAAGAACGAGCGAGACCACGAGCGGACUGGACACCGCUUCCCACUAUUCCAAAUCAACCUCCACCGUCGCAGACACCUGUGGUCGCUGACUUGCGGCUUUCGAAAGAAGGAUUUCAGGCGAUCGCAGCAGAGUACUUGGCGCAACGCGACCCCCGAGAAGAAUUGCUCAGGACCUUUGCCAUGUUCGAUAAAGGUGGAAAGGGGAUAAUAACCAUCGACGACCUUAGAAUAGUUGUCAAAGAACUGGGCGAGGACGUACCAGAGAACGAAAUGCAGAGCAUGAUUGAGCAAUUCGAUAUUGAGGACAAAGGUGGCGUGAACAGGGAAGAGUUCCUAGGGAUAUUCCUGGCCGGAUGA